AUGACUCAUUUCCCUACUUUUAUGAAAGAUUUUGGACCCUUGGCCUACACAUCAUGCUUGGCAACAGAAAGAAAGCACCAAUUUUUCAAAGGAAAUAAAGUUAGAAAUCUAAAACAUACAUCAUUAAUGCUGGCGAGAAGACAUGAACUAUGGGUGUGUGUCAAAGAUCGUUGUCAAGAUGGAUCUCUCUCGCCCAAUGCUCUUUCUGGUUUGCCAUAUUGUCGGCUAGAUGAUCGACAGUCAAUUGAUGACGUUCAAAUACAAUUUCUUAUCUCAAAUAUAUUGAAAUCGCCAUUUCAACCGACCUCAACCUUGAGAUUAUGGAUCUUAGGCGGGCAAAGAUAUUCGCACAAGACAAUCGUAAAUGUUUCUAAAGAAUAUUUUCCAUCUUUACCAACUGUGGGACAAAUACGAUGGAUUCUUUACGAUGGAAAACAAUGUGCCUUUAUUUGUAAAAUAUACAAAACCAACGGCUAUAUACAACAACUAAGAGCAUUUCACGUUGAAGAGACUGGCAAACUUGAUCGUUUUUUUGCUCGAAGAUCUAUGCUACAAAAAGACACUAAAGUUGGUUAA